AUGCCCGCCCAUUCCACCAUGUUAGGGCACCAGAAAAUUGCAAGUUGUCAAACUUGGCAUGCACAGCUCAUCGACCAACGUCCCAAGUCUCGGGAAAUCGUUUUCAGGCUGCUCUUCGAGGCAGGCGACAGCAACUACAAACUAGCAGACUCCUCCCAAGCACCGGCUAUAUGGAUCGCGCAGAAUGAAGUCGUCGGCGUCGAACGCACCGCCCGCGACCUUGCAGUCGACUUUGGCCGCGUCCUCGGCGCGAACGGCACCGUCACUAUAGUCGAGAGGGGUUCCAACUCCACCACGAGCCGCAGUGAAAACGGCGCCGUCAUCAUUGCAGGGACCAUUGGCCAUUCCGCGCUCAUCGAUGGCCUGGUGUCGAGUGGCGCCCUGGACGUCUCCGCCGUCAAAGGCAAAUGGGAGUCGUACACCACUCAGGUCAUUCGGAAUGCGUCCGCCGGGCUGGAGUGGGCACUCGUCAUUGCCGGCAGCGACCGGCGGGGCACCAUCUACGGCCUCUACGAUCUCUCUGAACAGAUGGGCGUGUCUCCUUGGCACUUCUGGGCCGAUGUCACGGUCAAGACCAAGACGGGAGUCUGGGUAGCGCCCGACACCUCCAAGACCCAGGGCCCGCCAUCGGUCAAGUACCGCGGUUUCUUCAUCAACGACGAAUCGCCCGCGCUCUCGGGCUGGGUCGCCGCCAACUACGGCCCCAAGUUUAACAGCGAGUUCUACAAGCUCGUCCUCGAGCUGUGCCUGCGGCUCAAGGGCAAUUACCUGUGGCCGGCAAUGUGGGGCAAGUCGUUCUACGUGGACGACGCCAAAAACGGGCAGCUCGCACACGACUAUGGCGUGAUCAUGGGCACAAGCCACCACGAGCCCAUGGCCAGAUCCGAGACAGAGCAGAAGAACUUUGUAUCGGGCGGAUGGGAUUGGGGCUCAAACAGGAACAACAUCAUCAAGUUCUUCCAGGAUGGCAUCACUCGCGCAAAGAACUGGGACACCAUGUGGACUGUGGGGAUGAGAGGGUCGGGCGACGUUGCGUCGCCCACGCUGACGGCGCCGCAGCUCGAGGACCUCAUUUCUGUGCAGCAGGGUCUGUUGACGACUGGCCUCGAGAAGACGGCCUCGGAAAUCCCACAAACUUGGGUCCUGUACAAGGAAGUCAGCGAGUACUAUGCCAGCGGGAUGAAGGUCCCCGAUACCGUGACUCUUCUCUGGACAGACGACAACUCGGGCAACCUUAUCCGCGUCCCGAUCGCGAACGAGACAGAUCGCCCUGCCGGCGCUGGCGUCUACUACCACUUUGAUUAUGUCGGUGCUCCGCGCAGCUACAAGUGGAUCAACACCGUCCAGCUCGUCAAGACGUGGGAGCAGAUGCAUCUGGCGUAUAGCAAGAACGCCCAUCAGAUCUGGAUCGCGAAUGUUGGAGACAUCAAGAAUCUGGAAGUCCCUCUGGCGCACUUUAUGGACAUGGCCUACGACAUGACGCGCCACACCACCCCCGAGGCUACGACAGCGUGGCUCAAGCGCUGGACGGCUCAGCAAUUCAACAGCGAGGUCGCCGAGACGACGACCGAGAUCCUCAACGAGUACAGCAUGCUCGUGGGCGGGCGACGGAAGUACGAGCUCCUCAGCGACCUCCCCUUUGCGUUCAGCACCACAAACUACGACGAGGCCGAGCAGAAUCUGGCUCGGUGGGAGGAUCUCCUGUUGAAGACCAGCGCCAUCUACGACGCCCUGGACGUGGAGUCGCAGACUCCGUACUUUGAGCUUGUAUACCACCCAGUCCUGGCGGGCAAGACCGUCGUGGAGCUGUACACCAAGGCCGCCCAGAACGCACUGUAUUACCAACAGGGUCGUCUGAGCACCAAUGCGCUGGCCCAAGAUGUCAAGAACCUCUUCGCCCAGGACGCAGCCAUCACAGCCAGGUUCCACGCCCUCAAGGGCGGGAAGUGGGACAAGAUUGUCAACCAGGUGCACCUGGGCUACACGACGUGGAGCGACCCCGUCAACAACGCAAACGUCAUGCCGCCAGUCCAGACAGUACCCGAACCAACCGACAAUUUUACAUUGGGGCUCGCGAUACAAGGCAGCACCGCCAGCUACCCCAGGAGCGCGACUCUGACUCUUCUGCCCAUGGAUCCGUACAUGCCGGCCUCCCAGUCGCGAUACGUAGACAUCUUCGCCCGGCGGCAAGGCACAGUCGACUACACCAUCUCCGCCAACGAGACCUACAUCACCGUCUCCAACAGCAACGGCACCCUGUCCAGCUCCGCAGACAUACGCAGCGUCAUCAGCGUUAACUGGGAGUCCGCCCCGGCCGGCUCGUCGACAGCCUCGCUCCUCGUCUCAGGUACCGACGGAUCAUCAGCAACACUGCUCCUCCCGCUCGUCAAGCCAGCUGCGCAGCAGGCACCCCCGCCCGCAUUCUCGGGGUUCCUCGAGUCCCAGGGCGUCGUCUCCUUCGAGGCGGGCCACUUCUCCGCCGCCGAGAGCAAGAGCGGGAUAUCCUACGUCGAGAUCCCGCACUACGGCCGCACCCUGUCCGGCGUGAAGCCCUGGCCCGCGACCAUGGCCAGCAGCAGCGCCACGAGCGACGGCCCCGCCCUCAUGUACUCGUUCUACACCUUCUCGAGCCCGGCCAACAACAGCGCCGCCCGGCUGAUCGUCAGCCUAGGGCCCUCGCACAACCACGACCCGACCAGGCCCAUCGCGUUUGCGUACUCACUCGACGGCGCGGCGCCGGUAACCGUCAAGCCCGUGUCGACUAUCCCGCCGUACAAGGAGUCUGCGCCGUGGUCGAAAGCGGUGGUGGAGAACGGCUGGACCUCGAUUAAUCAGCUUGGUGGUGGUGGUGGUGGUGGCGGCGGCGUGGCGGUUGGGGAACACGAGCUGCGCGUGUGGCUGCUCGAACCGGGCGUCGUGCUGCAGAAGAUCGUGCUGGAUCUGGGAGGCUACAAGACUUCUGCACUGGGGCCGCCGGAGAGUUUGAGGAUUGGGAGCUGA